AUGGACCAAGGCGCGCGCGUGGAGCAAGGCGCGCGCGUGGAGCAAGGAGCGCCCCCGGACCAAGGCGCGCCCCCGGACCAAGGCGCGCCCCCGGACCAAGGCGCGCCCCCGGACCAAGGCGCGCGCCCGGACCAAGGCGCGCCCCCGGACCAAGGCGCGCCCCCGGACCAAGGCGCGCCCCCGGACCAAGGCGCGCCCCCGGACCAAGGCGCGCCCCCGGACCAAGGAGCGCCCCCGGAACAAGGCGCGCCCCCGGACCAAGGCGCGCCCCCGGACCAAGGUGCUCCCCCGGACCAAGGCGCGCCCCCGGACCAAGGCGCGCCCCCGGACCAAGGCGCGCCCCCGGACCAAGGCGCGCCCCCGGACCAAGGCGCGCCCGCGGACCAAGGCGCGCCCGCGGACCAAGGCGCGCCCCCGGACCAAGGCGCGCCCCCGGACCAAGGCGCGCCCCCGGACCAACGCAGUCCCCCGGACCAAGGCGCGCCCGCGGACCAAGGCGCGCCCGCGGACCAAGGCGCGCCCCCGGACCAAGGCGCGCCCCCGGACCAAGGCGCGCCCCCGGACCAAGGCGCGCCCCCGGACCAAGGCGCGCCCCCGGACCAAGGCGCGCCUGCGGACCAAGGCGCGCCCCCGGACCAAGGCGCGCCCCCGGACCAAGGCGCGCCCCCGGACCAACGCAGUCCCCCGGACCAAGGCGCGCCCGCGGACCAAGGCGCGCCCGCGGACCAAGGCCCGCCCCCGGACCAAGGCGCGCCCCCGGACCAAGGCGCGCCCCCGGACCAAGGCGCGCCCCCGGACCAAGGCGCGCCCCCGGACCAAAGCGCGCCCCCGGACCAAGGCGCGCCCCCGGACCAAGGAGCGCUCCCGGACCAAGGCGCGCCCCUGGACCAAGGCGCGCCCCCGGACCAAGGCGCGCCCCCGGACCAAGGCGCGCCCCCGGACCAACGCGCGCCCCCGGACCAACGCAGUCCCCCGGACCAAGGCGCGCCCCCGGCCCAAGGCGCGCCCCCGGACCAAGGCGCGCCCCCGGACCAAGGCGCGCCCCAGGACCAAGGCGCGCCCCCGGACCAAGGCGCGCCCCCGGACCAAGGCGCGCCCCCGGACCAAGGCGCACCCCCGGACCAAGGCGCGCCCCCGGACCAAGGCGCGCCCCCGGACCAAGGCGCGCCCCCGGACCAUGGCGCGCCCCCGGACCAAGGCGCGCCCCCGGACCAAGGCGCGCCCCCGGACCAACGCAGGCCCCCGGACCAAGGCGCGCCCGCGGACCAAGGCGCGCCCCCGGACCAAGGCGCGCCCCCGACCAAGGCGCGCCCCCGGACCAACGCAGUCCCCCGGACCAAGGCGCGCCCCCGGACCAAGGCGCGCCCCAAGACCAAGGCGCGCCCCCGGACCAAGGCGCGCCCCCGGACCAAGGCGCGCGCCCACACCAAGGCGCUCCCCCGGACCAAGGCGCGCCCCCGGACCAAGGCGCGCCCCCGGACCAAGGCGCGCCCCCGGACCAAGGCGCGCCCCCGGACCAAGGCGCGCCCCCGGACCAAGGCGCGCCCCCGGACCAAGGCGCGCCCGCGGACCAAGGCGCGCCCCCGGACCAAGGCGCGCCCCCGGACCAAGGCGCGCCCCCGGACCAACGCAGUCCCCCAGACCAAGGCGCGCCCGCGGACCAAGGCGCGCCCGCGGACCAAGGCGCGCCCCCGGACCAAGGCGCGCCCCCGGACCAAGGCGCGCCCCCGGACCAAGGCGCGCGCCCGGACCAAGGCGCGCGCCCGGACCAAGGCGCGCCCCCGGACCAAGGCGCGCCCCCGGACCAAGGCGCGCCCCCGACCAAGGCGCGCCCCCGGACCAACGCAGUCCCCCGGACCAAGGCGCGCCCCCGGACCAAGGCGCGCCCCCGGACCAAGGCGCGCCCCCGGACCAAGGCGCGCCCCCGGACCAAGGCGCGCCCCCGGACCAAGGCGCGCCCCCGGACCAAGGCGCGCCCCCGGACCAAGGCGCGCCCGCGGACCAAGGCGCGCCCGCGGACCAAGGCGCGCCCCCGGACCAAGGCGCGCCCCCGACCAAGGCGCGCCCCCGGACCAACGCAGUCCCCCGGACCAAGGCGCGCCCCCGGACCAAGGCGCGCCCCCGGACCAAGGCGCGCCCCCGGACCAAGGCGCGCCCCCGGACCAACGCGCGCCCCCGGACCAAGGCGCGCGCCCACACCAAGGCGCUCCCCCGGACCAAGGCGCGCCCCCGGACCAAGGCGCGCCCCCGGACCAAGGCGCGCCCCCGGACCAAGGCGCGCCCCCGGACCAAGGCGCGCCCCCGGACCAAGGCGCGCCCCCGGACCAAGGCGCGCCCGCGGACCAAGGCGCGCCCCCGGACCAAGGCGCGCCCCCGGACCAAGGCGCGCCCCCGGACCAAGGCGCGACCCCGGACCAAGGCGCGCCCCCGGACCAAGGCGCGUCCCCGGACCAAGGCGCGCCCCCGGACCAAGGCGCGCCCCCGGACCAAGGCGCGCCCCCGGACCAAGGCGCGCCCCCGGACCAACGCGCGCCCCCGUACCAAGGCGCGCGCCCACAACAAGGCGCUCCCCCGGACCAAGGCGCGCCCCCGGACCAAGGCGCGCCCCCGGACCAAGGCGCGCCCCCGGACCAAGGCGCGCCCCCGGACCAUGCCGCGCCCCCGGACCAAGGCGCGCCCCCGGACCAAGGCGCGCCCCCGGACCAAGGCGCGCCCCCGGACCAAGGCGCGCCCCGGGACCAAGGCGCGCCCCCGGACCAAGGCGCGCCCCCGGACCAAGGCGCGCCCCCGGACCAAGGGGCGCCCCCGGACCAAGGCGCGCCCCCGGACCAAGGCGCGCCCCCGGACCAAGGCGCGCCCCCGGACCAAGGCGCGCCCCCGGACCAAGGCGCGCCCCCGGACCAAGGCGCGCCCCGGGACCAAGGCGCGCCCCCGGACCAAGGCGCGCCCCCGGACCAAGGCGCGCCCCCGGACCAAGGGGCGCCCCCGGACCAAGGCGCGCCCCCGGACCAAGGCGCGCCCCCGGACCAAGGCUCGCCCCCGGACCAAGGCGCGCCCCCGGACCAAGGCGCGCCCCCGGACCAAGGCGCGCCCCGGGACCAAGGCGCGCCCCCGGACCAAGGCGCGCCCCCGGACCAAGGCGCGCCCCCGGACCAAGGCGCGCCCCCGGACCAGGGCGCGCCCCCGGACCAAGGCGCGCCCCCGGACCAAGGCGCGCCCCCGGACCAAGGCGCGCCCCCGGACCAAGGCGCGCCCGCGGACCAAGGCGCGCCCCCGGACCAAGGCGCGCCCCCGGACCAACGCAGUCCCCCAGACCAAGGCGCGCCCGCGGACCAAGGCGCGCCCCCGGACCAAGGCGCGCCCCCGGACCAAGGCGCGCCCCCGGACCAAGGCGCGCGCCCGGACCAAGGCGCGCGCCCGGACCAAGGCGCGCCCCCGGACCAAGGCGCGCCCCCGGACCAAGGCGCGCCCCCGACCAAGGCGCGCCCCCGGACCAACGCAGUCCCCCGGACCAAGGCGCGCCCCCGGACCAAGGCGCGCCCCCGGACCAAGGCGCGCCCCCGGACCAAGGCGCGCCCCCGGACCAAGGCGCGCCCCCGGACCAAGGCGCGCCCCCGGACCAAGGCGCGCCCGCGGACCAAGGCGCGCCCGCGGACCAAGGCGCGCCCCCGGACCAAGGCGCGCCCCCGACCAAGGCGCGCCCCCGGACCAACGCAGUCCCCCGGACCAAGGCGCGCCCCCGGACCAAGGCGCGCCCCCGGACCAAGGCGCGCCCCCGGACCAAGGCGCGCCCCCGGACCAAGGCGCGCCCCCGGACCAAGGGGCGCCCCCGGACCAAGGCGCGCCCCCGGACCAAGGCGCGCCCCCGGACCAAGGCGCGCCCCCGGACCAAGGCGCGCCCCCGGACCAAGGCGCGCCCCCGGACCAAGGCGCGCCCCCGGACCAAGGCGCGCCCCCCGGACCAAGGCGCGCCCGCGGACCAAGGCGCGCCCCCGGACCAAGGCGCGCCCCCCAGGCCCGACCAAGGCGCGCCCCCGGACCAAGGCGCGACCCCGGACCAAGGCGCGCCCCCGGACCAAGGCGCGUCCCCGGACCAAGGCGCGCCCCCGGACCAAGGCGCGCCCCCGGACCAAGGCGCGCCCCCGGACCAAGGCGCGCCCCCGGACCAACGCGCGCCCCCGUACCAAGGCGCGCGCCCACACCAAGGCGCUCCCCCGGACCAAGGCGCGCCCCCGGACCAAGGCGCGCCCCCGGACCAAGGCGCGCCCCCGGACCAAGGCGCGCCCCCGGACCAAGGCGCGCCCCCGGACCAAGGCGCGCCCCCGGACCAAGGCGCGCCCCCGGACCAAGGCGCGCCCCCGGACCAAGGCGCGCCCCGGGACCAAGGCGCGCCCCCGGACCAAGGCGCGCCCCCGGACCAAGGCGCGCCCCCGGACCAAGGGGCGCCCCCGGACCAAGGCGCGCCCCCGGACCAAGGCGCGCCCCCGGACCAAGGCUCGCCCCCGGACCAAGGCGCGCCCCCGGACCAAGGCGCGCCCCCGGACCAAGGCGCGCCCCGGGACCAAGGCGCGCCCCCGGACCAAGGCGCGCCCCCGGACCAAGGCGCGCCCCCGGACCAAGGCGCGCCCCCGGACCAGGGCGCGCCCCCGGACCAAGGCGCGCCCCCGGACCAUGCCGCGCCCCCGGACCAAGGCGCGCCCCCAGACCAAGGCGCGCCCGCGGACCAAGGCGCGCCCCCGGACCAAGGCGCGCCCCCGGACCAAGGCGCGCCCCCGGACCAACGCAGCGCGCCCCCGGACCAAGGCGCGCCCCCGGACCAAGGCGCGCCCCCGGACCAAGGCGCGCCCCCGGACCAAGGCGCGCCCCCGGACCAAGGGGCGCCCCCGGACCAAGGCGCGCCCCCGGACCAAGGCGCGCCCCCGGACCAAGGCGCGCCCCCGGACCAAGGCGCGCCCCCGGACCAAGGCGCGCCCCCGGACCAAGGCGCGCCCCCGGACCAAGGCGCGCCCCCGGACCAAGGCGCGCCCGCGGACCAAGGCGCGCCCCCGGACCAAGGCGCGCCCCCGGACCAAGGCGCGCCCCCCGGACCAAGGCGCGACCCCGGACCAAGGCGCGCCCCCGGACCAAGGCGCGUCCCCGGACCAAGGCGCGCCCCCGGACCAAGGCGCGCCCCCGGACCAAGGCGCGCCCCCGGACCAAGGCGCGCCCCCGGACCAACGCGCGCCCCCGUACCAAGGCGCGCGCCCACACCAAGGCGCUCCCCCGGACCAAGGCGCGCCCCCGGACCAAGGCGCGCCCCCGGACCAAGGCGCGCCCCCGGACCAAGGCGCGCCCCCGGACCAAGGCGCGCCCCCGGACCAAGGCGCGCCCCCGGACCAAGGCGCGCCCCCGGACCAAGGCGCGCCCCCGGACCAAGGCGCGCCCCGGGACCAAGGCGCGCCCCCGGACCAAGGCGCGCCCCCGGACCAAGGCGCGCCCCCGGACCAAGGGGCGCCCCCGGACCAAGGCGCGCCCCCGGACCAAGGCGCGCCCCCGGACCAAGGCUCGCCCCCGGACCAAGGCGCGCCCCCGGACCAAGGCGCGCCCCCGGACCAAGGCGCGCCCCGGGACCAAGGCGCGCCCCCGGACCAAGGCGCGCCCCCGGACCAAGGCGCGCCCCCGGACCAAGGCGCGCCCCCGGACCAAGGCGCGCCCCCGGACCAAGGCGCGCCCCCGGACCAAGGCGCGCCCCCGGACCAAGGCGCGCCCCCGGACCAAGGCGCGCCCCGGGACCAAGGCGCGCCCCCGGACCAAGGCGCGCCCCCGGACCAAGGCGCGCCCCCGGACCAAGGGGCGCCCCCGGACCAAGGCGCGCCCCCGGACCAAGGCGCGCCCCCGGACCAAGGCACGCCCCCGGACCAAGGCGCGCCCCCGGACCAAGGCGCGCUCCCGGACCAAGGCGCGCCCCCGGACCAAGGCGCGCCCCCGGACCAAGGCGCGCCCCCGGACCAAGGCGCGCCCCCGGACCAAGGCGCGCCCCCGGACCAACGCAGGCCCCCGGACCAAGGCGCGCCCGCGGACCAAGUCGCGCCCGCGGACCAAGGCGCGCCCCCGGACCAAGGCGCGCCCCCGACCAAGGCGCGCCCCCGGACCAACGCAGUCCCCCGGACCAAGGCGCGCCCCCGGACCAAGGCGCGCCCCCGGAACAAGGCGCGCCCCCGGACCAAGGCGCGCCCCCGGACCAACGCGCGCCCCCGGACCAAGGCGCGCGCCCACACCAAGGCGCUCCCCCGGACCAAGGCGCGCCCCCGGACCAAGGCGCGCCCCCGGACCAAGGCGCGCCCCCGGACCAAGGCGCGCCCCCGGACCAAGGCGCGCCCUCGGACCAAGGCGCGCCCCCGGACCAAGGCGCGCGCCCGGACCAAGGCGCGCCCCCGGACCAAGGCGCGCCCCCGGACCAAGGCGCGCCCCCGGACCAAGGCGCGCCCCCGGACCAAGGCGCCCCCCGACCAAGGCGCGCCCCCGGACCAAGGCGCGCCCCCGGACCAAGGCGCGCCCCCGGACCAAGGCGCGCCCCCCGAGCAAGGCGCGCCCCCGGACCAAGGCGCGCCCCGGGACCAACGCGCGCCCCCGGACCAACGCAGUCCCCCGGACCAAGGCGCGCCCCCGGACCAAGGCACGCCCCCGGACCAACGCUGUCCCCCGGACCAGGGCGCGCCCGCGGACCAAGGCGCGCCACCGGACCAAGGCGCGCCCCCGGACCAAGGCGCGCCCCCGGACCAAGGCGCGCCCCCGGACCAAGGCGCGCCCCCGGACCAAGGCGCGCCCCCGGACCAAGGCGCGCCCCCGGACCAAGGCGCGCCCCCGGACCAAGGCGCGCCCCCGGACCAAGGUGCGCCCCCGGACCAAGGCGCGCCCCCGGACCAAGGCGCGCCCCCGGACCAAGGCGCGCCCCCGGACCAAGGCGCGCCCCCGGACCAAGGCGCGCCCCCGGACCAAGGCGCGCCCCCGGACCAAGGCGCGCGCCCACACCAAGGCGCUCACCCGAACCAAGGCGCGCCCGCGGACCAAGGUGCGCCCCCGGACCAAGGCGCGCCCCCGGACCAAGGCGCGCCCCCGGACCAAGGCGCGCCCCCGGACCAAGGCGCGCCCCUGGACCAAGGCGCGCCCCCGGACCAAGGCGCGUCCCCGGACCAAGGUGCGCCCCCGGACCAAGGUGCGCCCCCGGACCAAGGCGCGGGCGCGCGCCCACACCAAGGCGCUCCCCCGGACCAAGGCGCUCCCCCGGACCAAGGCGCGCCCCCGGACCAAGGCGCGCCCCCGGACCAAGGCGCGCCCCCGGACCAACGCGCGCCCCCGGACCAAGGUGCGCCCCCGGACCAAGGCGCGCCCCCGGACCAAGGCGCGCCCCCGGACCAAGGCGCGCCCCCGGACCAUGGCGCGCCCCCGGACCAAGGCGCGCCCCCGGACCAAGGCGCGCCCCCGGACCAAGGCGCGCCCCCGGACCAACGCAGGCCCCCGGACCAAGGCGCGCCCGCGGACCAAGGCGCGCCCCCGGACCAAGGCGCGCCCCCGACCAAGGCGCGCCCCCGGACCAACGCAGUCCCCCGGACCAAGUCGCGCCCCCGGACCAAGGCGCGCCCCCGGACCAAGGCGCGCCCCCGGACCAAGGCGCGCCCCCGGACCAAGGCGCGCGCCCACACCAAGGCGCUCCCCCGGACCAAGGCGCGCCCCCGGACCAAGGCGCGCCCCCGGACCAAGGCGCGCCCCCGGACCAAGGCGCGCCCCCGGACCAAGGCGCGCCCCCGGACCAAGGCGCGCCCCCGGACCAAGGCGCGCCCCCGGACCAAGGCGCGCCCGCGGACCAAGGCGCGCCCCCGGACCAAGGCGCGCCCCCGGACCAAGGCGCGCCCCCGGACCAACGAAGUCCCCCGGACCAAGGCGCGCCCGCGGACCAAGGCGCGCCCGCGGACCAAGGCGCGCCCCCGGACCAAGGCGCGCCCCCGGACCAAGGCGCGCGCCCGGACCAAGGCGCGCGCCCGGACCAAGGCGCGCCCCCGGACCAAGGCGCGCCCCCGGACCAAGGCGCGCCCCCGACCAAGGCGCGCCCCCGGACCAACGCAGCCCCCGGACCAAGGCGCGCCCGCGGACCAAGGCGCGCCCGCGGACCAAGGCGCGCCCCCGGACCAAGGCGCGCCCCCGACCAAGGCGCGCCCCCGGACCAACGCAGUCCCCCGGACCAAGGCGCGCCCCCGGACCAAGGCGCGCCCCCGGACCAAGGCGCGCCCCCGGACCAAGGCGCGCCCCCGGACCAACGCGCGCCCCCGGACCAAGGCGCGCGCCCACACCAAGGCGCUCCCCCGGACCAAGGCGCGCCCCCGGACCAAGGCGCGCCCCCGGACCAAGGCGCGCCCCCGGACCAAGGCGCGCCCCCGGACCAAGGCGCGCCCCCGGACCAAGGCGCGCCCCCGGACCAAGGCGCGCCCCCGGACCAAGGCGCGCCCCCGGACCAAGGCGCGCCCUCGGACCAAGGCGCGCCCCCGGACCAAGGCGCGCCCCCGGACCAAGGCGCGCCCCCGGACCAAGGCGCGCCCCCGGACCAAGGCGCGCCCCCGGACCAAGGCGCGCCCCGGGACCAAGGCGCGCCCCCGGACCAAGGCGCGCCCCCGGACCAAGGCGCGCCCCCGGACCAAGGGGCGCCCCCGGACCAAGGCGCGCCCCCGGACCAAGGCGCGCCCCCGGACCAAGGCUCGCCCCCGGACCAAGGCGCCCCCGGACCAAGGCGCGCCCCCGGACCAAGGCGCGCCCCCGGACCAAGGCGCGCCCCCGGACCAAGGCGCGCCCCCGGACCAAGGCGCGCCCCCGGACCAAGGCGCGCCCCCGGACCAAGGCGCGCCCCGGGACCAAGGCGCGCCCCCGGACCAAGGCGCGCCCCCGGACCAAGGCGCGCCCCCGGACCAAGGGGCGCCCCCGGACCAAGGCGCGCCCCCGGACCAAGGCGCGCCCCGGGACCAAGGCACGCCCCCGGACCAAGGCGCGCCCCCGGACCAAGGCGCGCUCCCGGACCAAGGCGCGCCCCCGGACCAAGGCGCGCCCCCGGACCAAGGCGCGCGCCCGGACCAAGGCGCGCGCCCGGACCAAGGCGCGCGCCCGGACCAAGGCGCGCCCCCGGACCAAGGCGCGCCCCCGGACCAAGGCGCGCCCCCGGACCAAGGCGCGCCCCCGGACCAAGGCGCGCCCCCGGACCAAGGCGCGCCCCCGGACCAAGGCGCGCCCCCGGACCAAGGCGCGCCCCGGGACCAAGGCGCGCCCCCGGACCUAGGCGCGCCCGCGGACCAAGGCGCGCCCGCGGACCAAGGGGCGCCCCCGGACCAAGGCGCGCCCCCGGACCAAGGCGCGCCCCCGGACCAAGGCUCGCCCCCGGACCAAGGCGCACCCCCGGACCAAGGCGCGCCCCCGGACCAAGGCGCGCCCCCGGACCAAGGCGCGCCCCCGGACCAAGGCGCGCCCCCGGACCAAGGCGCGCCCCCGGACCAAGGCGCGCCCCCGGACCAAGGCGCGCCCCGGGACCAAGGCGCGCCCCCGGACCAAGGCGCGCCCCCGGACCAAGGCGCGCCCCCGGACCAAGGGGCGCCCCCGGACCAAGGCGCGCCCCCGGACCAAGGCGCGCCCCCGGACCAAGGCACGCCCCCGGACCAAGGCGCGCCCCCGGACCAAGGCGCGCUCCCGGACCAAGGCGCGCCCCCGGACCAAGGCGCGCCCCCGAACCAAUGCGCGCCCCCGGACCAAGGCGCGCCCCCGGACCAACGCAGGCCCCCGGACCAAGGCGCGCCCGCGGACCAAGUCGCGCCCGCGGACCAAGGCGCGCCCCCGGACCAAGGCGCGCCCCCGACCAAGGCGCGCCCCCGGACCAACGCA